AUGUCAAAAAUGACAGUAGUGCGAGACAAUGAAAGACAAGAUAAGAAAGGAAAUCAUAAAAUUGGAAAUAAUUCCGGAAAUGAUACUGAUAUCUUGGAAAAUGAUGAAUCAAACUCGAAAUCGGAAUAUUUUGCAGCAAUUUCACCUACUACUAUCACCAAACAACCUUAUCCACAAAUGAAUUUUUCAAAAAAUACUAAAAUCUCAAAUUCAAUCAAUAAUCAAACUAUUACUAAUAUUAAAAAUGAGGAGGAAAAAAAACGAAAGAAUAUUGAUAAUAAAUUAUCAGUGGAUCGUUUAUCAAUGAAUGAUUAUAAAAUGUUGUUAAGACUUAAACCACUCAAACAAUUUUAUAUUCGACGGCACUCUAAUACAAUCGAUACAUUUCUUGAUUUUCUUCAAGAGAAUCGAUAUGUUGUUCAAGAUAUAGAAGGAGAACUGAUUUAUCAUGUAUUUGAAACAUCAAACAAUACAUGUCAAUGUGAUUGCAAGACAACAAGAUAUUUACAAUUACAUUUUACCACUUCUGUGGGACAAGAAGUGAUAAAGAUGGAAAAAUUGCUAACAUGUUCAAAUUUUUUUGGUGGACAAUGUGGUAUCUAUCCAACAUGUUGCAUAUUUUCAACCAAUAAAUCAUUUCAGAUAACAAUUGAAUCACCACCAGGGCAUCCUAUUGAAGUUAUAGGCGCAGUUGUCCAGCAAAUUAGUCUUAUCAGACCAUAUUAUCAAGUGAAGGAUGCAAGAGGGAAUCCGAAAUAUUUCAUUAUUGGUUCAACUAGUAGCUUUAGUUGUUUUGCUUGUCGUUGCUGUGACAUACAGUAUGAAGUGAUAUCAGCAAAUAAAAACAUUCUUAUUGGUAUUAUCACAAAGGAAUGGGCGAAAACAAGUGAUAAAAUUACAACUGUUGACAAUUUCAAUAUUUCAUUCCCACGAAAUAUCACUGCAAGAGAUAAAAUGCUUCUCCUCGGAGCGCUUUUUCUUGUCUCAAAUUUUAAGUAA